AUGACACAACUGCCAGAGGCAGAGGAACUAGAUCCUCCUGAACCUGACAUGGAGAUGUGGAGCGUAGAAGAACUGAGAAAACGGUCCAAAGAGCUUAACCUUCUAGAAGUAGCUGAUCUUGUUUCGAAUCAUGAAGCUAAAGGAACGUCGCCAGGCGACAAGAAAGAAAACGAUCGAAGUCCGUCUAAAAGUAGCAAUUCAGGAAGUCAAAUUACGGUAAGGACAAGCCCAGUGGUAGUAGACACGAUACCGGUCUGCAGACAGUGCCACAAAAAGUGUUUGUCCAAGCCAAAUAGUCCCCUAGUGUCCCAAAAGGAGCCACCGGUGAUACCUGCCAAACCCAAAACAGAGGCAUCGCCCCAAACCUCAAACUCAAAUAAAAGUUCCACCAGUCCAUGUAGUGCUCAUUGCGGUAACCGUAAACCAAGAAACUUCUCCCACUUAGAACGUAAGAACGCUAUAAAAUUACGUCCAGAAGAUGGUCCCAGAGCAGCUAAAAAGGUUAUAGACUCAAUAGAACAAAGCCAGAGAAUGCUGAAAUCAACGUCCUACGAACUAAAAACUGAUUCACCGAUUCUAAGCAGAAGCGCCCAUUCCAUGCAUACGAAGAGUCAGUUAGAAUUAAGAAAAGACAACUCGAUAAGAUCGCCAAGUCCUUCGUCCAGUAGUCGAAAUAGUCCGUUGUCCACCAGUCAUACCACUUGUAGUUCUAUGGUCUUCAACUCUAGUUCUAAUGAUUUAAGAAUGUCCAACUCAAACAUCGCCAAUCAGGUCCAAUGCGUCAUUGCUCAAGAGAAGUACUUGAACGAAGUGAAGUGUGUGGAAAGUAUAACUUUAACAAAAACUAAAACUGCCACAACCAACUAUCCAUCGCCAGCGUCCGCCAGAAAAGAACAGAUUACGAGACAAAAGGCUGAAAACGUACUAAAUAAAGUUUUAGGCAUGAAUAUUGUUACUAAGAGGGAAAACAUCGGUUCUUGUUUGAAGACAUCUUCAGUAUUCCUUGAAGACGACUCAAUACAUGAAGAUGAAACUGACUUCAAAAUAGAGAGAGGUCUUAGACGGUCCCCUAGAAUGGGUAUUUCAGCAGUCAGUAAAAUGAACGGGGAUAUAACAAAGAAGACUGAACGAAUGGAAGACGUGAAUGCUAAUAAUACUGAUGCUGGAUCAGACGAAGAUUUAGAGUUAGGACCUUUAAUGUUGAUGGGUCUAUCGGCCAUCAAUCCUGCGGCGCAUUUGAUGAGAGUAGAACCAUUUAAACGAGGUUCGCCGACGAGCUUGAACAAUCCUCGUUCUAGACCAGGUAGUCUUGGCUCAGUCAAGUCAGAGUCUCCUGUUCCUAACAUAGCUGUUGUACCACCAACGCCCGACUUUAAUUCCACUAAUAAGACUGAUGACCUUGUAGAUGAGUCCCCAGAUUCCCCAGACGUUCCAGAUGACCUGCCUUAUGUUACGCUCAAAAGAUAUGGCACAAUGUCAAGCCUGGAGAGGCUACCGUCCGAUGAGACUGACGAUGGUAACGUAAGACUGACAUCACAAGAGCCAGAAACUUCUAAAGCUUACAAUAACCCAGUGAGUGGAGCCGCUGGCGGAAUUAUGGGUUGGACAGCGCGAGCUGGCUCCUUUGUUGUGGAAAAGAUGAAUAUCUUCAGUUAUACCGAGAGUGUCCCCAGCACGGCUAUAGCACACAAACAACCCUCUUUCUUAGAAAGAUGUCUUGGUGUGAGCGACUGGAAGUCAACUAUUGGUACGGAGGAGGGUACUGGUGAGACAGGGGAAGGAAGUGGAGCGAGCGGAGAGGAGGCUUGGGGAACUCCCUCCUCGGGAGACCUGUCUGAUAACAUGCCUGAUUCUGAACAUGGAACGUUAUCGUCACCCACGAAGUCAUCGUCAUCGUACGCUGGUGACGAUGACACUGAGCUGAUGAUGGAUGAACUCCUCAUGGCUCCUACAAUUACAGGACCUACAACUCUUAGACCAUUACUACCAAGGGAUGUAUUUAGGAGAAGACUAGAGCCGUUGAUGGAAGAAGAAUGUUCGGACAGCGGCAGCGAAGACAACAAACCGACCCCCACCAAUUCUGAUGACCAGGUUAAAUCUCACAUUGUGACUGGUCCGCUGGUGCGGCGCUUGGCGCAGGACAGCGAGCGUGGCCUCGAUGCUGACGACUGUUGCGACGCGCCGCACCCGCCGCCCUCUGCUUCAGAUCAAGAACCAGAGGGCGAGGGUGCGGGCGUCGUGCAACAUGCUGGAGGGGAGGGAGGUGGUGGCGUCGGGUGCGAGCUGAGCCCCGACCGGACACCCACCAACGAGGCGCCUUCGACGCCCUUACUAUCUGUUUCAAAAGAGUUUGCGGAGGCGCGUGCCAUUGUUGGAGCUGGUCGUCGGGGCUCAGCCAGCUCGGACAGCACGCCCUCCACACUCGAACGCACCACUAUACACAACCCUACGACACUCAACCAACCCGGACCAGCCGUUUCAGCCUCGGAGCCAGCACCAGCACCGGAGGCUACCUCACAACCGGAGGAACAGAGACCACGGACGCCGGAGCGACUCAGUCCUCGAGCGGAGAUGAGACUUGCCUUGGACCAGGGGAAGGACAUGCUGGCAGAUCAGGAGGUGUCCUGGGGUGGCGGGUCCGACCCCUGGUCGUUUCGCGCGGCGUGCCAACGGUCUCUGCUCCGGCGCGUGGCGAGCGCCGACGCAGUGACGCUGUGCCGCGCACACCCGCGCCGCACCGCCCCGCAUACUACUUCGCGCAAUUCUGUAUAUGCCUGGAAGGAAAGCGAGAAACCUAUGGAGAUGGAGCAACUGGCACGAGCGGAAGUUCAGACGAUGCGUUCGCGGACGCGCUCUCUAUGCCAGAACGGGAAGAUAAUGGGUUUCCUCCGGCGCCGCGCGUCGUCCGAUAGCCCCCGCCGCGAGCCGUUCAUAGUCGCGAGCGCGACGGCGGCUCGGCCAUUCUCCCCGCGCCGCACCUCCGUGAGCAACAACGGCUAUUACAAGAUAUGCUUUGUCAAUGGCUAUGUCUGA